AAGUUACGACUUAAUAUCAAUGUCCAUUACCAUCGAUGUGAACAUCGACCUCCCCAAUAUGGCUGUCACGUAAACACGUCGGUAUCUUCGGGUACAAUCGUUACUUCAAUCUGACGCUGUCUGUGUGCUUCAGAAAGCAGAGCGCGCUCCAUUUUCUAAGAAUCUACGUACGAGCGUGUUGGCUAUUGGCAGGGAAACGUCAGUGCGUCCGCCAUGUUGAAUGUGUCAGUUCUGCCUGUAAAGGCAAUCCCUGAGUGCGGCACUCUGAAUAACCGAACAGCACAAUCCAACAACGCUCUGAGUUUCCGAACAUUCUGGGGUGUCGAAAGCGCGAACGUACUCUUCAUAUUUAGGGUCUUGCUGGUAACUCCAGCGAUCUGUUUUGGGUCUUGAAUAUAGCAGUCCAAAUGAUGCCUGAAUAUUGUUCAGUCCCAAAUAACAUUCCAUAUGGAUGUAGUUUUAUAGAAGACCAUUCAAAAUCUAAGUGAAAUCCACUCUUCCAAUACUGUAUUGGUUUGACUCUAUUUGAUAUCGAUUAUGUAUUGAUAUACGUGUUGACUGAAUCCGGCAUUUGCGAAGUGUUUCCGAAGCCAACUGCAAGCUCAGUUGUAUUUAUUUAUUUUUUAUUUAAUUUUUUAAAAUAAAUGUUAAAAUGCGCACGCUUUGAUUGCUGCACCGGAUCCGCUCCAAACGAACCGCAUCCUUAUGAUCUUAUCGCUUUUUGUCAGGCACGCGAAGACGCCAUUAUGAUCUUUUUGCCACCGUCCUUCUGGGCUAACGUCCAAUUUAGCCGGAGUUGUCGGCUCGUGUUUCAAACGAGGCAGACUUCCAGGGGCCACAGCUCUGCAAGACGGAAAAGAGUUGUUAUUACUGGCAUAGGUCUAGUGUGUCCUCUGGGCGUAGGGACGGCUCGACCCUGGAACAACCUCAUUAAGGGCCAGAGCGGGAUUGUGGCGCUGAGCUCGGAAAUGUACAAAACCAUCCCCUGCAAAGUGGCGGCCUUAGUACCCAGAGGAAAGGCAGAAGGUCAAUUCCAUGAGGAAAUGUUUGUAUCUCGCGCAGAGGUCAGUCGCAUGUCACCGGCCACCGUCAUGGCACUUGCAGCUGCUCAGCUUGCCCUGGACGACUCAGGAUGGUCCCCUCAAUCCCCAGAGGAACAACUCGCCACUGGUGUAGCAGUUGGCAUGGGCAUGGUAUCGCUGGACGAAAUCGUGUCGACCUCUGUGACCUUCCAAGAAAAGGGCUACAAGAAGAUUAGCCCUUUCUUUGUGCCGCGUAUCCUGGUGAACAUGGCAGCUGGGCACAUAAGUAUCAAGCACAAUUUGAAGGGUCCUAACCACGCUGUGUCCACAGCGUGCACCACGGGCGCACAUGCCAUCGGGGAUGCUGCGAGGUUUAUUACCCAUGGUGAUGCAGUUGCUAUGGUUACAGGUGGGACAGAAUCCUGUGUUGGUCCUCUGGCAAUAGCCGGGUUCGCAAGAGCACGCGCUCUCGCCACCAGAUGGAACGGCGAUCCCAAACUAGCUUCGAGACCCUUCCAUCCGGAAAGAGAUGGCUUCGUGAUGGGCGAAGGAUCGGCUGUGCUCCUGCUGGAAGAACUGGACCACGCAGUCAAGCGUGGCGCCAGAAUGUACGCUGAGGUGUUGGGGUACGGACUCUCAGGAGAUGCCAGCCACAUUACCACACCCGCUGCGGAUGGAGACGGGGCAUUCAGAUGCAUGGCAGCUGCCAUCAACGACGCUGGCAUUUCUCCUGAAGAUGUGUCUUAUGUGAAUGCCCACGCCACAUCCACACCUUUGGGCGACGCAGCGGAAAACGCUGCCAUCAAGAGGCUCUUUCAUCAAAGUGCAGGAACGUUGGCUGUGUCCUCCACCAAAGGAGCCACUGGACAUUUGCUUGGGGCUGCAGGAGCUCUGGAGACAGCAAUCACCGCUCUGGCUUGCUACCAUGGUAUCCUGCCCCCGACCCUCAAUCUGGACUCCACCGAACCGGAGUUCAACCUCAAUUACGUUCCCUGCGUAGCGCAGCCAUGGCAGACUUUGGGCAGAAGGGUGGCCCUCACAAACUCAUUUGGAUUUGGAGGAACAAACGCCACGCUGUGUAUUGCCAACAUCUGAAAAUCUCAACUUGCGUGUGUGUUCAUUCCACUUAUGAACCAACAAGAGGCCGUGAAACAGUCCCUCGUGGUGCAAACCAAAUAUCCAUGUUGCUCGGCUAAGGCUGAAACGCCGCUUCCGACAUAUUGUCAGCAAAUGUUACCUGAUCGCCAAAAUCUCACAGAGCUUCUUUUUGGGUGCUGAUUCUUGCAAAAGGCUACUAGUUUAAUACACACUUCCAGUGUUCCCCACAGGACCGGAAUGUAUUAGUGGUGGUGGGUAUCCGGCGUUCAAGUUCAACCAACACUUGGCGAAUACAUCACAAUACGAUCAGUAAAUAAAUACAAAGGAAUUCAUAUAAAAAUGUUACGCUUGACGCAUGUACGUUCCGUGGAAUCACGCUGACGCAACUUUUGCAGCAUUUAUGCAAGCGCUACAUAUGUUUUAUUAUGAUGAAAUCAAUAAAACUAAUAAAAAGCUUGAACAAUCA